AUGGACGGCGACGCACCCGAAAAUGUCGAAAAGCAGGUUGCCCCAGAAAUUGGGCCGAGCGACGCUGUCCCUGAGCCCAUUGCCCCGGCGGCAGAUCUGAGCAAGCUGCCUACGCGAAAGGACGUUUCUCUUCGCGAAUUCCUCAAUAAGAUUGACGAUUAUGCUCCUAUCAUUCCCGACGCAGUGACGCACUACUACAUGACCAAAGCCGGUCUUCCUCCACCACCGCAAACCGACCCUCGUCUCGCUCGUCUCCUCGCGCUCGCCACGCAAAAGUUCAUUGCAGACGUCGCGGCCGACGCGUACCAGUACAGCCGCAUCCGCGCGUCAAGUAACACCAAUAACCCAAUGGGCACGCUGGGCGCGGCGGCGGGUUUCCCCAUCCCGGGACAGCAGUCGGGUCAGCCGAACAGCAAGGAACAGGGCAAGGGAGGGCCGUUGGGAAUUCAACGACCUGGUUUUGGCGGUGGUGGACAGGGAGGAAGCCAGAAUAGGACGGUGUUGACGAUGGAGGAUCUGGGUAUGGCGGUUGGGGAGUAUGGAGUCAACGUCAAGAGAAGCGAGUUUUACCGAUGA